AUAACAGCGUAAUACUUUUUUGGUAACACUUUUUUCGGUUAUUUGCCACAGCUAAUUUCACCCCAACCUAAUCUUCAUCCCCAUUUCUUUUUUCGGUUAUGUGCCAGAGCUAAGACAUGAAAAUGUCAAAAAAUGCAGCAAUUAUUCGUGUUUCAGUACAUUUUGACAGUUGAACAACUUGGGACCUGCGACAAUGUCUCGAACCGCAAGUUUAUGGAUACCAGUUACAAUUAUUCGGCUGCCACGACAAUAGGACGAGGCUUCUUUGAAUUUCUCACGCCUGUAAAUUGGGAAGACGAUUUUCAGGUGUCCGUGGAUGUGUACCGGAAAACAAACGGUAAAUGGACAAAAGUUCCCAGUUUUAGUAUACAAAAGACCAGCUUUUGUAUAGUGACCUUAACUGAUUUACUUUUUUACCCAAUGGUCCGAAAGUUCUUGAGUAGUGAUUGCAAAUGCCCAAUUAAACCGGAGAAGUAUGAAAUACAAAUAAGCAAGUUAGCUUCUAAAUACCGUCCGGUACAUCCGUUUGGUUGCUACAAAGUUAAUAUUACAUUUGAAAAGCCCAAUACAAAAUAUGCCGAAAAGAUUUGUUUUGUUGUUCAUAUGGCAGAUUCGUUCAAAUUGAAUCAUUCCACUUGCAACUAAGCAAACCUGACCUAUUGUUGCAUUUGUCUAUUAACACCUAAAAAUGUGCACUUAAGCCAAUAGCACCUAUUCAAAUAGUGAAAUAUAAAUUUAAUUUGCCUUUUUUUUUAGUUGUACUCAUGUCAAACACAUUUAUUGUAUUUAAACCCAGAUAAUAUAUUCCUAUUACUAUAUUUGGUAGUUUAUUGAUAGUGUCUUAAAGAUUAAGGAGUACACUAAUUUAGUAAGUAUAAGGAAGCAAACAACAGUAACAAAACGCCUUUCAUCUAAGUUAAGUUCGGCUGUGGGUGGGAC